AUGUACAGCAGUUCCGAAGAUGACAGUAUCUUUGGUAGCACAGAUCGAAGCAAAGGUACCACCUCAUCAACGUUGUCUUUGAAUGAGCGGCACAAGAAAGGCAUCAUCAAUGGUUCUCACAAGCCAGACGAGCCACCGCCUCCCGCACCACCGCCGCCGGACAUCACAACGAGUGCGGUGGUCAGUGAAGCUGCUAUGCGCAAGGCACAGUGGGAUCGCAAAAAACAGCCCUAA